AUGUACCUUUACCGGCCCAGGUGGGAUACUAGCCGUCACCAUUUAUGGCGAUUUUUCCUGCAAAGUGGUUCUGGUGGUACUGAGGAUCCUCCGACGCUCACUUUGGAUCGUGAUUCACGAGGUUGGUUCUUGCAAGGCAGUCCUUGGCGGAACUGGGGAUUCUCCAACACUCAAUGCCGUGGCUUUUCGUACUGUGACUUGAAGCCAGUAAACCUCCUUCUCGAUGAUAACGAGGACUUGAAAGUUUUUGAUUUCGGCUUGUCAGUGCUGCCAAAGCAGCUUUGGAAUGACAGGUUGCUCCACACGCAGUGCGGCACGCCGACAUAUGUGGUGCUGGAGGUGUUGAGGAAUAAAGGGUAUGAUGGAGCCAAGUCUGAUAUUUGGUCUUGUGGAGUAAUUAUCUUCGUUUUACUUGCUGGGUAUCUUCAAUUUCAAGCCGAUAACCUCAUGAAAAUUUAUAGGAAGGUUUUCAAGGCUGAAUUUGAGUUUCCUCAAUCGUUUUCCACCGAUGCAAAGCAGUUGAUAUCCCAGCUCUAUGUUUCCGAUCCGGCAAAAUCUCUAGUUUCAAAAGGGGUUUGUAAAGUCAAUUCUGCUCUCAAUCCAAGAACUGGUCAGAGAUCAGAACAACGAGAAGGAUGA